AUGUCUUUAACAAACUGUCGGUUCUAUGAGGAGAAGUACCCGGAGGUGGACAGCUUCGUCAUGGUGAAUGUCAAGCAGAUCGCCGAGAUGGGCGCAUACGUGAAGCUGCUUGAAUACGACAACAUCGACGGCAUGAUCCUCCUCUCAGAACUUUCCCGCAGACGUAUUCGCAGUAUCCAGAAGCUCAUCCGUAUUGGGCGCAAUGAGGUCGUCAUCGUGCUUCGUUACAUUGAUCUGUCAAAGCGACGUGUGUCCCCGGAGGAUGUCAUCAAGUGCGAGGAGCGUUACAACAAGAGCAAGGCAGUGCACUCCAUCAUGCGCCACGUCGCAGAGGCCACUCAGACCCCACUGGAGACCCUAUACGAGACCAUCGGGUGGCCUUUGAACCAGAAAUACGGCCACGCGCACGAUGCCUUCAAGAUCUCCAUUACAAACCCCAAUGUCUGGGAUGAGAUCACCUUCCCCAACGCUGCUGUCAAGAGCGAGCUGCAGCAAUACAUCAGCAGCAAGCUGACUCCCCACCCUACCAAGGUCCGUGCCGAUAUCGAGGUUACUUGCUUCGGUUACGAUGGAAUCGAUGCCGUCAAGGAUGCCCUCCGUACCGCUGAGGCCGACAACACCCCCGAGAACCAGAUCAAGGUCCGACUGGUCGCUCCCCCUCUCUACGUCCUGGCCAGCCAAUGUCUCGACAAGACCCUCGGUGUCAAGUUGCUUGAGGCUGCCAUUGUGAAAAUUGAAGAGCGUAUCAAGGCGAACGGCGGUAGCUGCACCGUCAAGAUGGCUCCCAAGGCCGUCACUGAGCACGACGAUGCGAUCCUGCAGGAGCUUAUGGAGAAGCGCGAGCGUGAGAACACUCAGGUCAGCGGAGAUGAGGACUCGGAGAGCGAUGAGGGCGUUCCCGAGACUCGGCAUCGUAUCGAGGUGGAACGUCGUCGGUUGCUACCUGCCUAUGUUGCCGAUGAGUCUGAUGCCUCUGAUGCUUCAAAGGAAAUUGCAAAGGUUGCUCUUCGGUUAAAAUAUCAAAUCGAGCAGGUUGUCUCCUGUGAAGUAGAGGAGAAUGUCUUGACCGACCCAAACAGCCGUAUCAUCACGGAUGAUGUGGUUGCGACUGCUAAGCAGGCGGGUGGAGAUGAAUACAAAGCAUGCGUUGUUUAUUGUCUUCUGGUUUGUCUGCGAUGGUUCAAGAUGCAAUCAUCUGUCGAGCUUUGGGAUUCAGAUCUCCAUGAGAUUCGGGCUGUGGCUUGCGAGGUCAUCGCCAAGCGCAUCAUCGAAUCCGAGCAGAACCAAGAUUACGUGCUGAGAGACAUCUUACUCAAGCGAUACUCUAUCUUCAGUGAAGGUGUAGAGACUGAUCCCGCCAAUGUCAUUGAACGAUCGGUAGAUCUUCAUGCCUUGAGGAUCAUCAGCUGUGCCCCGUACCAGAAAUGUAUCCAGUACCUGUGGAGAGGUUGGAUCUGUCAGGAAGAGGGCAACCCAACUAACUUUGUCGAAUACAGCGAGAAGGAUAACACCGAUUAUUGGGUUCAUUUCCAUCCUGAUCGGAUGCGAACUCCUCUGUAUCAGAAUGUCUGCCAAAUUUUGUUUUCCUUGAUCUACCUUGCGAUUUAUACCGCUGUUAUCAAUACCGUGAACCCAACCGGUGAUCUGGAUGUGGCCGAGGCCAUACUUUACGGAAUGACUCUUGCGUUCAUCUGCGACGAGGGGAUCAAAUUUUGGAAGGUUGGAUGGAAUUAUCUGGAAUUCUGGAAUGCCUUCAACUCAACCCUCUACACUAUCCUGGUGGUCUCCCUUGCACUGCGUUUUGUUGCCUUGGCACACUCAUCGUCUACCCACGAUGAACAAAGGCAGAUAUACAAUGAGCUCAGCUACAACUUCCUCGCCUUUGCAGGCCCUAUGUUCUGGAUACGCAUGAUGCUAUAUCUUGACUCGUUCCGCUUCUUCGGUGCUAUGUUUGUGGUUCUUCGAGUCAUGAUGAAAGAGAGUUUGAUAUUCUUCGCCCUUCUAUUUGUGGUUAUGGCUGGCUUCUUCCAGGCCUUUGUCGGCAUGGCCCAAGUGGAUCCCGAUAUCCCCCUCCACCGAAACAUUCUCCAGGGAAUGAUUAAUAGUAUCAUGCAGAGUCCCGAGUUCGACACUUUCCAGGAAUUUGCAUUUCCCUUUGGCAUCAUCCUCUACUAUGUGUUCAACUUCAUUGUUAUGACUAUUUUGUUGAACAUUCUCAUCGCCUUAUACAACAGCGCAUAUGAAGAUAUCUCUGGCAACGCCACGGACGAGUACAUGGCCAUCUUCGCGCAGAAAACCAUGCAGUUCGUCCGCGCCCCAGAUGAAAAUGUCUUCAUCCCACCGUUCAAUCUCGUUGAGAUUCUAUUUCUGAUCGCCCCAUUCGAAUGGUGGCUUUCGCGGGAGGCUUACGCCAAGGUGAAUGAUAUUGUAAUGGGCGUGAUAUAUUCGCCGCUGCUGGUCGUUGCCGCCUGGGUUGAGACCCGCCAGGCGCACCAGAUUCGAUGGAAUCGCCGCCAUGGCGAAGAAGAUGAUGACUGCGCUCAGGAAUGGGAGCAUGUGGCCAAGGAGGUCAAUUUUGAUCUUGAUGAUACUUGGAAACAGCACGUAGUUGAGUCCACACCGGAUAUUAAGGUUGAUAGCUGUACACAUGAACUCAGAGAGCUGAAGGAGCAGGUUAGGAUGUUGACGGAGAUGGUGAAGGGAUUGACUCAGGAGAUGGAAAAGAAGGUGGAUGGAGCAAGCUAG